CUGGCAGAGAAUGGAUCACAAAUCCGGACAAUUCCCUCGCGCCACUAGGCUCGGCUGUUUCUGUGGGGUGCUUUUCUUUACGGCCGGAGCCUCCACUUGAGGUGUCACCGUCGCUCGUACGAGACAGGGGGUGACUCGGAUCUUCGGCAUUUUAGACAUGGCUCAUGUUUCUCGAAAUUUUGCAGAAGGACUCGGAGCACGCCACACGGUCAUAGCCAUUGGCCACCUUUUGCCCCCCGUCUGUUGCCCGUUGCUUGAUGCUCCAUACCCAUAUCCGGGCCGUUACAAAGGUUCCUUUCUCUGAUGGUCGGAUGUUUUACAGCAACAGGCAUGGCUUCGGUCGAGGUGUGGCAUCUCGUGGCGUAGAAUAUGGAGUCGACCGUGUUUCCAUGACAGAAUAUUUAUUAAACGUCUCCAGAUCUUGGUAUUUUUAUUACUCUUCGUUUACUCCCAUCCUCUCCUCCCUUUCAUCAUCAACCAUCCUCGCCUUGUCCCUUGUUGCAUCCGUGACAGUGAAAACUUUUUUUUUUUUCAUCGAGUCUCAUCGACGUCUGCAACAUGGCCCAGAAUCACGAGGAUUUGGCCGCCGAGCUCCACGAGGAGUUAGGUGAGCGCGUGCCCGCCGAGAAGAAGACUGAUCUCGCCGGUGGUUAUAUCGCCCCUUCUAUUGGUGAGAAGAAGUCUCUCGACAAGCAACACUAUGCUUCUGAUCCUGAGUUCGGUACUACUCCCGAUGGCGAGGAGCCCAAUGAUCAUGAGAAGGCGACUCUUCGACGUGUAGGAGAGAACCUCCCUGCUUCAGCUUUCCUCAUCGCUGUUGUCGAGUUGACGGAACGAUUCACCUACUAUGGUGCUCAGGGUCUUUUCCAGAACUACAUCUCCAACAGCCCGACAGGCGCGGAUGGUGCCAAGGGUCUUGGAAUGGGCCACCAGGCUGCUACUGGUCUCAACCUCUUCUUCCAAUGGUUCUGCUACGUGACUCCCAUUCUCGGUGCCAUCAUCGCCGAUCAGUACCUCGGAAAGUACAGAACUAUCUUGGUCUUCUGCGGUUUCUACUGGGUUGGUCUCAUCAUCCUCUGGACUACAUCACUACCUGUUGCUAUGGAGCAUGGUGCUGGAAAGGCUGGAUACAUCGUUGCUAUCAUCGUUAUUGGUCUUGGAACCGGUGGUAUCAAGUCCAACAUCGCACCUCUCAUCGCCGAUCAGUACCAGCGACGCAGAAUGGCUAUCCGAACUGAGAAGAAUGGCGAGCGCGUUGUCAUCGACCCUGCUAUUACCUACCAGCGCAUCUACAUGAUCUUCUAUUGGUGCAUCAACGUCGGUGCCCUCUCACUGCUCGCUACCCCCUUCAUGGAGAAGUACAAGGGUUUCUGGACCGCCUAUCUCAUGUGUUUCUGCAUGUUCAAUGUCGGUAUCGUCACUCUGGUCCUCCGCCGAAAGACCUUUGUCAACCGCCCUCCUCAGGGCUCCGUCAUCACUGAUGCCUUCAAGGCUCUUGGUAUGAUGAUUGCUGCUCGCAACACCGAUGCCGCCAAGCCCUCAUGGCGCGAGGCCAACGGAAAAACCAAGGCUGUUCCCUGGAACGACCACUUUGUCGACGAGCUUAAGCGUGCUCUCCGUGCUUGCAAGGUCUUCAUCUUCUACCCCAUCUUCUGGGUUUGCUACGGACAGUUCUCUACCAACUUCGUCACCCAAGCUGGUCAAAUGCAAGGUCACGGUGUCCCCAACGAUCUGAUGCAAAACUUCGAUCCCAUCUCCAUUUUGGUUUUCACUCCCCUCAUCGAGAAGGUCUUGUACCCUAUCCUUCGCCGGGCCGGUAUUGAGCUUCGACCUAUUGCCCGAAUCACCAUCGGUUUCUGGCUCGCUGCUCUCUGCCUCGCCUACGCCGCUAUCGUUCAGCACAUCAUCUACUCUGCUGGGCCUUGUUACGAACACCCUGGUGAAUGUGCUGCUGGCCAGGACGGUAACACCAAGCUUCCCAACAACGUGCACAUCGCCAUUCAGACACCCGCCUACAUCUUCAUCGGUAUAUCUGAGAUCUUCAUCUCCGUCACUGGUCUCGAGUACGCCUACACCAAGGCCCCUCCCAGCAUGAAGUCCUUCGUGCAGUCCAUCUACCUCUUCACCAACGCUUUUGGAUCUGCCAUCGCUGAGGCACUUGUUUCCGAGGCCAAGGAUCCCAACUUCCUGUGGCUCUACACUGGCGUCGGUAUCUCUUCUUUCGUCACUGGUUGCAUCUUCUAUGCUAUCUUCCGCCACUACGAUGCUCAAGAAGAUGCCAUGUAUGAUCUGGACAGAGAUGAGCCAACUCUUACCCACAACGGCGUGGAGCCCAAGACUGUAGAUCACGAGUAAUGAUUUGUAAAGACUGUAUUAUAGUUGCAUAGUGUCAUUGAACAUAUUAUUUCAAACAAUCGUGUUAUGUAUGCAG